AUGGCUUCUCAUCGCAAUCGGUCCAGCUGCGCCGCAGCAGGCCUGGUUCUGCUGCUGGUGGCCAGCUUGGGUCAUGAAGCCUUUGUCAACUUGGUCCUGCGCGGUUCCCGAAGCACUGCGAGGACGACGGCCCUCGCUGCAGAGGGCGACUCGCAACGGCCUCCCUGGGAUGCCUUCCGCGCCUUGCGCACAGCCGCUUUCUUUGGGGCUCUCCCAAACCCUUUGGGCAUCUUCGAGCGGACUGGAGACAGCCGGUCCUUGUCCCCGGACCAGGUCCUGUGGUCUGAAGAGAACCCACUGGAUCUCGUCUGGGGCACACUGGAUGAUGUGGUGAUGGGAGGUGCAUCAGAGUCUGCCCUACAAGGUACGACUUGGACAGGCACAAUUAUCACAGAAGGUGGCGGCUUUGCUGGCAUCCGGACGCAGCCCUUCAAGCCCGCUUUCGACGUGAGCGGCUGCUCUGGACUCCGUGUGCGGGUGAAAGGCGGCGACGGCCAGCGCUUCAAGCUUAUCAUCCGAGACUCUUACGACUGGAAUGGGAUUGCUUGGAGCUACGAGUUCGACACGCAGAGCCUGAUCCCAUCUCUUGACGGGAUAGUGGAGGCCAACGCGCCUUUCAAAGACUUUGUCCCGACUCUUUUCGCCAGGACUGUUCCCGGCCAGACUUUUAACACAAAGCAGCUCACCGCUGUACAGCUCACCCUGAGCAAGUUUAGCUAUGAUGGGGCAUUAAACCCCAAUUUUCGAGCAGGCAGUUUCUCACUGCAAGUCGAGUCCAUCUCGACUUUCUAG